AUGUCUGAAGGCGGCUGCUAUUGCGGAAACGUGCGAUACAAGAGCACUGGGGAGCCUCAAGCCAAGGCCCUCUGCCAUUGCAAAGACUGCCGCAAAAUUUCGGGUUCCACUUACUCCACCAACAUCAUCGUCCCAGGCGAUGGCUUGACCUGGACCAAGGGCACGCCCAAGGAGCACACUGUAACUGCAGACUCGGGUAAUCCCAUUACCAGCUUCUUUUGCGGAGAUUGUGGCUCGACAAUGGUGCGAGGAGGAGCGUCUUUCGGCGACAACAAGAUCAUCAAGGUCGGUACACUUGACGACCCGUCCGCGCACGAGGAUGCGAAGCCAGCUGUCGAGUUGUAUGCGAAGGACCGCGUGAGCUGGGUAUCGUCGAUCGGGGGUGCUGGCCAGAAGGUUGCUAUGCCGAAUAGCGAUGAUAUGUAA